UAAACUGAAUAGCUUGAAACUGCCUAUACAGGGUUAUUUAUUACCCUAGCUAGGUACAUAAUAUUAUUAUGCUACUAUUCGAACCAAUUAAUUCGAAUGGUAUAACUUAAAUUAGCUUGCCUGGUAUCCGUAUUUGAUUGAACACAUAUAGCCACAUUUUUCUUUACUUUAUUAUCACCAUUAUCUGUAGGGCUAACAACCGUCAGUUUCACUGCCUCCGUUUUUAUUUAUUUUUGGCAUGCUGAUUACAGAUGGCAGUCGAUGAUUGAAGUAAACCCUCCUUUCCCAAAACAGUUAAUUGGGCAUGCAGUUUAAUCACAGAUAAGUAUUUGGUUUAACUGAUACUGCAUAUUUAUAGACAGUACUCACACGGUCAUAAAAUAGCCGUAUGGGCCAGCCUGUUACAGAAAAGCGUAAGGAACUUGCACGGAGCCUGAAAGGGUGAAAGCAAAACAGUCGUUCCCUAAGCAUCUAGCGCGAUUGGGAAAUUCCAGAAUUUCACACCACAGGAUCAAGGCAAGCAUCAGUCACUGCCACUAGCGGUGCUAUGUGUGGUGCUGCUGGUGCUGGCUGACGUUAUGGUCGUCCCCUUACCGUUUUUUUGCACUCCAGUGUCCUCCGACACCGGUUAUAGUUGGCACACAACUUGGUGUGUCAGUAGGCAAUUAGUUGUACCCGUUCAAGUAGACAAAGCAAGUCAAUCGUCGGACAGUUUAUUACUGUACCCUGAUCUUUUGAGACGCUGCGGGCAAUUAUACCGACAGCCUAACCAACUUUACAGACCAAGUGAACCUGAAAGUGAAAGACAACUUUCCUUCAAUUGCAUCAGCCAUCAUAAGACCCAUCAUGGAGGUGUCUCAAACGGUGGAAACAGAGGAGCUGAUGACCUGCCUCCAGAUCCAGCUCUACCACCCCCAGCAGGCCUCCAGGGCUCUGUACUGCAUGUUGCCUCUGGACACCAGACACAAGCACCAGGCUGAGGACCCAAUGAGGCUGGGUAGGGAUGCCCAGGCCUGCACCUUCGCUCUGGCCGACCCCCGGGUCUCCCGCAAGCAGCUGUCCCUGCAGGCCUACCGCACCUCCAACAGCCCAGACAUUAUAUUUUCUGUGCAGAACCUGAGCCAGAAGAAUUUUUUCAGGAGCCGCCACUGGGUACGCGUGACGGUCAAUGGGUCUGAGCUGGGGUUCUUGGAGAGGGCAGAGCUGCCAGAUAAGGCCCUCAUCCGGUUCGGGGAGUACGAGAUGCUGAUACGUCGUGAGAAUGGAGAGGCGAGGGGGAGCUUUGAGGUGGAGUUUGGGGUGCUGGCAGUGCCCCCUUCCAGAGAGAUGGGCAUGCCAAGUAUGGUGCCCGUCGUGGACACAGGCUCAGACCUUUCAACCAAUGACAUUCCACCCCUCAUGAGCCAUGGGCCAAUGGAGAUGGAUGAGAUAAUCAUGUACUGCGCUUCUUUCAUAGAUUAGUUUUACUACAAUGACAGCCAUAUAGUUUUGAUUAUAUUGUAUUAUUUUCUUUAACUAGAAGCGUUUUUCAAGAAAACUGCUUAUGUUAAACAUUCUGAAAGUUUAAUCAAGCCAUAUGUACCUCAAAUGUUGGUUUUAUAUUCUCCAUUAUAUACCACUCCUCAAGUGUUAUUCAGACUGUUACGUUAUUUUAUAAAAUGUGAAACUAAAGCUUGUGAAUAUGACCCUUUUUCAUGAUACCCAAAUAAGAGCAAGUAUCAGAAUUCAAUGAAGGAUGGGGUUAGGGUGGGGAAGGAUACUGUUUUGUCAGUUUUGUAAAAUGUUGAUUGUAAUAAUAAAACUGUUUUAUUUGAUUAUCA